AUCUCUAUGAAUAGUUAAGCAAUAAGCUAUAACAACAACUUAUUUUCAAAAGAAAACGACAUAACGAUUUACAACUUAAUGCAAGAACUGUAUACAGGAGUUAUGUCUGCGCACAUUUUAAUCGGUGAAAUGGAACAAAAUUGUGAUGGUGACUGAUAGUAAAUUCUUGACCAAAUGUUAUUUGAGCAGAUUUUUUAACAGGAGUUUUUAAAAGAUAAAUAUAUAAAACAUCAAUAUGACGAACAACACAAACGUGCGCGUAAGGACAAUGGAUGCGGAAUUGGAUUUUAUUGUUGAACCGAACAUAACUGGUAAAGAAAUUUUUGAUCAAGUUGUCAGAACAAUUGGCUUGCAAGAAUUCUGGUUUUUUGGUCUUCAAUAUACAGAUGAAAUGGGUUAUGUAACUUGGUUAAAUUUGAAUAAACAUGUAGCUGCUCUAGAUGUCAAGAAAAAUGGCCUUGUGCAGUUUAAAUUCCGAGCUAAAUUCUAUCCCGAAAAUGUCUCGGUGGAGUUAAUCCAAGAUGUCACGCAGAAACUGUUUUUUCUACAAGUUAAAGAUAACAUUUUGAAUGACAGAAUCUACUGUUCACCAGCCACAUCCGUUCUUUUAUCAUCAUAUGCUGUCCAAGUCAAAUAUGGCGACUUCAAAUCUGAUGUACAUAGGAAAGGAUACUUAUACAACGAUCGCUUACUACCAGAUCGAGUUCUUAAACAGCAUCAGAUGUCCAAAGAACAGUGGGAAGAAAGGAUAAUGUCUUGUUGGAGUCAGCAUCGAUAUAUGCACAGGGAGGAAGCAAUGAUGGAGUAUUUAAAGAUCGCACAGGAUUUAGAAAUGUAUGGUGUUAAUUAUUUCGAUAUCAAAAACAAACGUGGGACAGAUUUGUAUCUCGGGGUCGAUGCAUUGGGCUUGAAUAUCUUUAAACGCGAAAAUAAACUCUCUCCCAAAAUUGUCAUUUCUUGGACCGAGAUCCAACAUAUAUCUUUUAACGAUAAGAAGUUUAUCAUCACACCAUUCAAUAAGAAAGAGCAGGAGUUUUUAUUCUACGUUCCACGUUUACGAAUUAAUAAGCGUAUUCUUACCUUGUGUAUGGGUAACCUUGAUUUGUACAUGCGACGAAGAAAACCGGAAACUAUCGAAAUUCAACAAAUGAGGAAUCGAGCUUAUGAAGAGAGACGGUCGAAAUAUCGAGAAAAACAGCGACUUAAUAAUGAACAAAAAGCACGCGCAACUGCCGAAAGAAAAAAACAUGAAUUGGGGCAGCAAUUAAGAAGACUUGAAGAGGAUGCACGUCUUGCGUAUGAAGCAUUAGAUAAAUCGAAAAGAGAUACCGCAGAAGCAGAACAAAGGAGAAGAAGAGCGUUAAGAGAGGCUGAAGAGAUGCAUCGCUUAAAAGAGCAAGCUGUGGCAGUGCAAAAACGUCUCGAAGAAGAAGCUGCUAAAGAACGUAUGGAGAAAGCUGAAUUUGAAGCUCACGCUGCUACAGCCGCGACGAAGAGUGCACGGCGCGCUGCAGAAGCGGAGGAGAAACAGCGUGAAGCUGAUCGCCUUUAUAAAGAGCUGGCGGAGUCUCGACAAAGAGAACAGGAGCAAAAUGAAAAACUUCACAACAUGACAUAUGCGGAUGAGCAAGACACAGAGAGAACUCGCCAAGCUGUGGAUCUUAACUUUAUAAACGUCGAUCAGAGAGAGCUUAAUUAUACUUCACAGCAAGACAAGAAUGAAAACUUGAAGCUCCAGUUGAAUGAACUUAGCAGUCAGCUAAAUUUAACUCGUGACAGGAGCAAGCUAACUCAAGAAGAUUUGUUGCACGAAGGUAACUUAAAGGAAGGGCGUGACAAAUAUAGAACCUUACGACAAAUUCGGUUGGGCAACACAAGACAACGCAUCGACGAAUUUGAAUCAUUUUAAAUGUCACAUUGAAUUUAGAAUUUUAUUGAAGCAAACUUGAUAAUUCUAUUAGCACGAACAUUAAAACAUAUUCAAGAUCCAUUUUCUAAGUCAAAGUAUUUUUUUUAACAUUUUUUUAUCAAAAAACAGGACGACAUUAUGUCAAGGCAGGACAGCUUGUAGAGUUUUAAUAACAUUUAAUGUAAACGAGUGUCCUUUGUAAUACAAAGUGGGCAGUUUGAUUAAAAACACGACCACUACCCUA